AAACCUCGAUUUUGCCAUUCCUUUCAAAAAACACCCCUCAUUUUUCUCUCUAGGGUUGAUCAGAAUCCAAGUUAUUAUUUUUUUUUUUUUUAAAAAAAGCAAAGCAAUGGCAUCAUCAUCAACUAGGGUUUUCGGUAACUAUUGCAGAACUCUAAUGGCUGCUGCUAAGACAUCCACCGCCACAGCUCCACCCACCCCCACCACCACUGCCACGACAACCGGAAAAGGUCGUUAUAAAGGGAUAUUGAAGCCGGUACCGAUUUCACCUGCUUUAGGAAAAUUUGUUGGUGCUAAUGAAAUAUCGCGUACUGAUGCUGUUAAGAAAGUUUGGGAUUACAUCAAAACUAAUAAUCUUCAGAACCCUGCAAACAAGAAGGAGAUAAAUUGUGAUGACAAGUUGAAGACUAUAUUUGCUGGCAAGGACAAGGUUGGGUUUCUAGAGAUUGCAAAGCUUCUGUCCAGUCAUUUUCAGAAGGCUUCUUAAAGUUUGUCAUUUUGCAGUUCCUGUAAACAUUAACAUUAGGGGCUUUUCUUGUUAGUGAACUUUGUACUGUAGUCGCUUCUCCUUUUGUUUCCCUUCACUCUGGUUGUGAGUUAUGGUGCAUAGUUCUGAAACUGAAAGCUUGCAGUGUUUUAUGCCUGCUUUGGUCCA